GCACAGUGUUUUCAUGGCAGUGUGCAUUGGGGUGUGGUAACUACAGAGAGGCCAAGCAGGUUUGAGAAGUAGAGUGAUCUUGUGGACCAAGAUUGUGGCUCCUGGUACACAGCUCAGGAUGAAGUCCCCCUGGAAAGUCUUCAAGACCACCCUUCUAUUUCUUCUGCUCUCUCAAUCAUUGGCUUCUGUGUCCUAUGAGAACCAGCCAGGCGCCAGCUACUCCCAUGGCCAAAGCUGUUUAGGAUGUGUGUUGGUGGUAUCUGUGAUUGAGCAACUGGCUGAAGUUCACAACUCUUCGGUCCAGGUGGCGAUGGAAAGACUCUGUAGCUACAUGCCUGAAAAGCUGUUCUUGAAGACGUCCUGUUAUUUAUUGGUUCAGACAUUUGGCCCAGAUAUCAUAAAACUACUCGCUAAAGCUAUGAAGCCUGAUGUUGUGUGCCAUGCUCUGGAAUUUUGCAAGCAGGAUGCUGUCCAAUCACAGUGUCGUCUCUACCCACAUUCCCAGGAGGCCUGGGAGUCUGCAUUGAAGAAGGCGAGACAAGUCCUCAGGAGCUCCUCCAGCAUGAAAUAUCCUAGAAGUGGUCAUAAUAUUUAUUCACUGCCAUUUUUGACCAAGACCUUCCAGAAAAUUGAAUUAUCUAUAAAGAAGACUGUGCCAUUCAAAGAUGACGAUUCAGACAAACACAGUGUUUUCCCCACGCUGCGGGGCUACCACUGGCGAGGGCGUGACUGUAAUGACAGUGACAAGACAGUGUACCCGGGCAGAAGGCCAGUCAACUGGGAUAUCCAUCAGGACUCCAACUGUAACGGCAUCUGGGGUAUUGAUCCAAAAGAUGGAAUUCCAUAUGAGAAGAAAUUCUGUGAAGGUUCACAGCCCAGAGGAAUCAUUUUGCUGGGAGACUCAGCUGGGGCUCAUUUUCACAUCCCCCCUGAAUGGCUGACACCUUCACAUAUGUCUGUGAAAUCCUUCUUCAACUUGCCGUCAGCUCUUACGGAUGAGCUCAACUGGCCCCAACUCUCUGGUGUUACUGGAUUUCUGGACUCCACGAGUGGAAUUGAAGAAAAAUCCAUUUACCGUCUUUUGAGAAAAAGAAAUCAUUGCAAUCACAGAGACUACCAGAGUAUCUCAAAAAAUGGUGCAUCUUCCAGAAAUCUGAACAAUUUUAUUGAAAGCUUGUCUAGGAACCAGGCGUUGGAUCAUCCAGCCAUUGUCAUUUAUGCCAUGAUAGGAAAUGACGUUUGUAAUGGGAAAGCUGACACAGUAUCAGAAAUGACCACUCCUGAACAAAUGUACGCCAACGUCAUGCAGACUCUGAAGCAUCUAAAUUCCCACCUGCCCAAUGGCAGCCAUGUUAUUCUAUAUGGCUUACCAGAUGGAACUUUUCUCUGGGAUAGCUUGCACAACAAAUACCACCCUCUAGGCCAGCUAAAUAAAGAUGUGACCUAUGCACAGGUCUUCUCCUUUCUAAGCUGCCUCCAGGUCAAUCCCUGUAAUGGCUGGAUGUCUUCCAACAAGACCCUCCGGACUCUCACUUCAGAGAGAGCAGAACAACUCUCCAAUACACUGAAAAAAAUUGCAACCACCAAGACAUUUGCAAACUUCGAUCUUUUCUACAUGGAUUUUGCUUUCCAUAAAAUAAUAGAAGACUGGAAGAAAAGAGGUGGCCAGCCAUGGGAGCUUAUUGAACCUGUGGACGGAUUCCACCCCAAUGAGGUGGCUUCACUUCUGCUAGCAAAUCGUCUUUGGAAGAAGAUACAGCUCCAAUGGCCUCAUGUCUGGGGAAAGGAGAAUCCAUUCAAUUCUCAGAUUGAAAAGGUAUUUGGAGACCAAGGAGGACACUGAGUGUCCCCAGAAGGAGCAUCACUGAAGGAGAGAAUGAUGGAUUAAACCCUCCCAACCACCCAUUCCAGUGGCUGCUAUGCCACAGGCCCAGAAGACCUUUUUCAGCGACUUUUCUGCAGACCACUUUCCUCUCAGUUGGGGACAGACCUUAAUGGCAAUGUGAUGCCCAUGAUUCCCACAGCAAGUCUCUCCUCUGCUCAACUCUGAAACACCCUUUAAGAAAGUGCUUUGGGGAAUCUUUCCAAGCAUGGCAAUAUCUGUGCCUGUCAGCAGUCUAUUGUUCUGAAGAGGCUUCUAGAGUAGUAGAGCACCCAGGACGCUUAGUGGCUUACCAGGGUCUGCACUACAGAUUGAGCCUCUCUCCCUGAUGUUUACUUGAAGGUGUCCCAAGAAGCUGAGACUUCUUCUAGUAUAGCUUCAGGCUGACUGUAGGUAGAAACAAUCCAGGUGCAUGGGCUCUCCUUAAAAGUAGAACACUUUCUAGUAAUCCCAGAAGUCAGUAUACUAAGAGCUUUA